AUGGUGUGGAUUCAUGAGAGUCAUGAAAAUUACACGGUGAAAUCUGGUUACAAACACUACAUCACUAGUAAGUCGGUGGAUCAAAACUUCAUGAAAGAGGGAGAUUGGUGCACCUCCAAAAACCAAACACCUACUUUGGCGAAUAUGCCGUGGUUGCUUACUAACUCGAAAACGGUUAAAGGAAAGGUAUGUGCCGUGCUCAAGAAUGAACCAGAAACUGUGGCAGGAUCUAUUGCUAUGAUUGUGUGGUGUAUCUGGUAUAACAGAAACAAUUGGGUGUGGAAUGGUACUAGAGACACGGCGAAGGAUGUGGCGAUGCGAGCAGCUCAUAUGAUUAACGAAUGGCGUACUAAGCACGCGCUCAGCAGCGGUGUCACAAGGUACAAUGCUGCAACGUUGGCAGAAGCCUCGCGAAGGGUGGUGGAAGUAGAGCCGGGCACAAAUAAUUGUAUGCAUAAGCUUACUGCAGCGGAAGGCGAAGCUAUGGCUAUUUUGGAGGUUAUGCGCAUUGCCAUCUCUAGGGGGUGGACCAAUAUUGUUUUUGAAAGUGAUUCCAAAGUUGUGGUAGAUGCCAUACAUGUUACUACUCAAGGAGUGUCAGAAUUAAGCUCUAUUAUUUCAUCGAUUAAACUAUUGUUAGAAUGUAAUAUGAACUUUGAGAUUAAGUUCACUAAGCGACAAGUGAGCAUGGCGGCUCAUACGUUAGCUAAGGCGGUCAUUUCUUGGUCUAGUCGCACUUAUUUUAAUGGUGUUCCUCGUUGGAUUAAACCAUUUAUUAUUAAUGAAAUGAGUUAA